UCAACAGAACAAAACAAAACCACACAUUCAGCUUCCAAAAGUCCACCCAGUCAUUAGCACCUCAAAAGGGAACCGAUACCCUGAGCUGUUACACAUCGUUUUACCUUCUCCGGAACUUUGUAUCAAUUGACUCACACAGUGUGUACUCCUCACUGCUUUUUGGCUUUUCAACUUGUCUGCUGGUUCAAGAUUGGGAUUCAUCCAAGUCAUUCAUUUAAGAGUUUGUUAGUUUUCUUUGCUGUAUGGCCUUGGUCUGUGGGUAGACACCACAGUUUAUUCAUUCUAUUAGAAGUGGACUCAUGGGUUGUUUCCCACUUGGGGACCAUUAAGAAUAGUGCUGGUGGGCGUGUUUAUCCAGGGUUUACCUAGCAGUGAAAUUGCUGGGUCAGAAGGUAGAACAUUUGUCAAGCAUGUCCUAGGUUCUAUUCCCAUCACCUUCCCCUCAAAAAAAAUUAUUCAUUUCUAUCAGGAGAUCACUCACAACCAAGCCAUUUUCCAACACAGGCGAGUCGCAGCAGGAUGGAAACUCAGUAUCUUUGCCAACAUUUAUUCAGUAUGUAGAAAGCAACUGAGGUUCAGAGAAAGGGCUGCCUUCUAAGUCCUUCUUGCCAGAAUCAGACACUGCCACUUCUCCUCCACCCCCACCGCUGCAUCCUGCCCCACCAUGCCCUCCCAGCCUGGCUGUGGGGUGGGACAGGACAGACAGGGUCACGUGGGGUUGGGUGCCGCGGGAGGAAGCCAGGCAGGGUGCAGGCGACUACUGAUCCUGGAGCUAGCCAGGAAAUUAAGAGCCUGCGCCAUGAACCCACCGCCGCCAAGCCAGGCCUCCCAAACCCAGUCCUCAGCCCCCUCUCUGAUCACGUCCUACCGCUGGCACACAGGAGGUGGCGGGGAAAAGGGGGCUGGUGGGUUCCGCUGGGGUCGCUUUGCCGGCUGGGGCAGGGCACUGAGCCACCAGGAGCCCAUAGUUAGCAGCCAGCCAGCACCUCGCUCGCUGUUCCGUCGGGUCCUGUCUGCACCUCCCAAGGAGUCACGGACCAGUCGCCUCCGGCUAUCCAAGACCCUCUGGGGGAGGCACAAGAACGCAGCGCUGGAACCAGAGCCCGAGCCACAGGCCUCAGAGCCAGAGCCAGAGCCACCUGUUCCACAAAUACCUGACGCCCCCACUCCUGAUGUGCCUGUCUGGGACAUUGGGGGCUUCACCCUGCUUGAUGGAAGACUGGUGCUGCUUGGGGGUGAGGAGGAGCAGGGUCCUCGUCGGCCCCGGGUGGGCAGCGCUAGCUCAGAGGGCAGCAUGCAAGCAUCCAUGGGGAACCUCAGAGACCCAGAUCGGACCUCUGGAAAGACAGAGCCAGAAGCUGCUGGCUCCAACCAGGUCCACAAUGUGCGGGGGUUACUCAAGAGACUGAAAGAGAAGAAAAAGUCCAGGUCGGAGCUGGGAACCAAUGCCUCCAGAGAUGGACCCCCCAGUGCUCUCGGCUCUAGGGAAUCGCUGGCCACACUCUCCGAGUUGGACCUGGGUGCCGAGCGGGACGUGCGGGUCUGGCCUCUGCACCCCAGCCUCCUGGGGGAGCCCCACUGUUUCCAGGUAACGUGGACCGGCGGGAGCCGCUGCUUUUCUUGUCGCUCGGGUGCUGAGAGAGACCGCUGGAUCGAGGACCUUCGUCGCCAAUUCCAGCCCAGCCAGGACAACGUGGAGCGCGAAGAGACGUGGUUGAGCGUGUGGGUGCACGAGGCGAAGGGGUUGCCCCGGGCGGCGACCACGGGGGCACCCGGCGUGCGCGCUGAGCUGUGGCUGGACGGCGCGCUGCUGGCGCGUACCGCACCGCGGGCCAGCCCAGGCCAGCUCUUCUGGGCCGAGCGCUUCCACUUCGAGGCGCUGCCACCAGCCCGUCGCCUGUCGCUGCGGCUGCGCAGCUCAGGCCCGGCAG